CACGCGGUGUCGAGUGCAGUAUUCGAUCGGCUGUAGUAAGCGGUUCGGAUCUCGCGCAUGUCAGGCCCUCUACGGUAUUUUUAGUGAAUUUUCGUAUGUGGUCAUGUCCACGUCACUUUUGCCCGCGCUUUCGCAGCAAUAAGCUCGCGUUCGAAUCGACACCGGCCGUUUGAAUGAACGCGACUCGUACCACUUACCUGUCGUUCGUGAAACAUUUGUGUAGGAAAGAAUAUUUCACGGUGGAGGUUGAAGCGAAAGAUUGAAGGAAAAGAUUAGCUGCUGCUAUUGCACCCUCUUUACGUUCUACAGUGCGCUCUAUGUUCAACUAAUUGGUCGGCGUUCGAGCGUUAAUACCCUCCGGCCACUUGACCAGCUCGUCUCCUACGAGGAUACCCGACGAUGGAGGUAUUGAUGCACGAAGCGAGCAGCGGCCAAGAGACGAAUCCGACCGGCGAAAAGAUUUAUAACACCGUUAAAGAGCCGGUGAAAGAGACGCAAGAAAAUGGACGAAAGAACAGUACCACGCGUUUCAUGGAAACCAAUCCUGCGGACACAGUUGAUAUUAUGUUCGAGAACAUAAGUUACAAGGUGUCUUUGGGUUGUAGGAAAGGUCAGAAGGAAAUAUUGCACGGGAUCAAUGGAAGACUUCCAUCGAAACGCUUAAUCGCCUUAAUGGGCCCAUCCGGAGCAGGGAAAUCAACUUUGCUGGAUGUCCUGUCGGGAUACAGGAUAACUGGGGUCACUGGCAACGUGCACAUUAACGGACGCGUCCGACAGAUGAAUUCUUUUCGAAAGUGUAGCGCGUACAUCACGCAAGAUGAUCGUUUGGAACCUCUACUGACGACCAUCGAGAACAUGAGAGUCGCAGCUGACCUCAAGCUACCCACAAGUAUUCCCAGAUACGAAAAGGAAACGAUAAUUGAAGAGAUUCUGGUAACGCUAGGCCUUUAUGAGCAUAUGAACACGCGAGCGGAGAGAUUAAGCGGCGGUCAAAGAAAGAGGCUGUCUAUCGCUCUGGAGUUGGUUAAUAAUCCAACCGUUAUGUUCCUCGACGAACCAACUACGGGUUUGGACAGUUCAUCUUGCACACAAGUAGUGAAUUUGCUGAAGCUGCUCGCGCGACAAGGAAGGACAAUCAUUUGCACGAUUCAUCAGCCUAGCGCGUCUAUCUUCCAGCUUUUUGAUUUGGUGUACGUAAUAGCGAAAGGAGAAUGCUUGUAUCACGGUGCAACCAGCCAAUUGCUUCCUUACUUGGAGAGUAUCAAAGUGCCCUGUCCAAUGUAUCACAAUCCAGCCGAUUACGUAAUCGAAUUAUCCUGCGGUGAAUAUGGAGAAGAUAAAAUACCGUUGUUAUUAUCAGGAUCAGAAAAUGGCAAGAAUUUACGGUGGUUUGAAAAUCCUAAUACUCUUAUAGAUGCAAAUGGCUUAAGAGCAUUGCAUCCUCUCAAGAAGAAUGGAGGUGACAACAGUCUGCAGGCGACCUCCUUAACGCAUCAAAUUAAAAUCUUGUUGGGAAGGGGUUUUCUGAUGAGCAAAAGAGACACGACUUUAACACACUUACGAAUACUAGUCAACAUAUUCGUCGGCCUUAUCCUCAGUUCGGUGUUCGUCGAAACCGGAACAGACGGUUCUAGAGUUUUAGAUAAUUAUAAUCUUCUGUUUUCUAUUCUUAUACACCAAUUGAUGACUACAAUGAUGCUCACCGUGGUUACUUUUCCUAUGCAGAUGAGUAUCCUGUUGAAAGAACACUUUAACAGAUGGUACAGCUUGAAGGCAUUCUACACAGCCACGACGUUGAUUGACAUACCAAUUUCAAUACUCUGUUGUUUAAUUUUCACUUUAAUUGUAUAUUUCAUCACCUCUCAGCCAUUAGAAAUCACGAGAUUCUCAAUGUUCUUUGCAAUCAAUUUAUUAGUAGUUUUUAUUGGUCAAGGAAUUGGCCUUAUGAUUGGAGCAGUAUGUAACGUAGUUAAUGGAACUUUCAUAGGGCCUACUUUGUCCGUACCAUUGAUGAUGUUCUCAGGAUUCGGGGUUUCAUUAAGGGAUAUACCUGGUUAUCUGAAAUGGGGAACAUACAUCAGUUGCCUAAGAUACGGUUUGGAAGGAUUCAUCAGUGCCAUAUACGGGUACGACAGACCCGUGUUAGCUUGCAAAGAGAAGACCGUCGGCUAUUGCCAUUACAAGUAUCCAUCGAAAUUCCUCUCCGACAUUGCCAUGGAAGGUGAUCAAUUCUGGAACGACAUCAUGGCACUAAUCACGAUACUUAUCAUAACGCGGAGUACAGCUUAUUUCCUCCUUAAAUGGAAGAUUAUAUCCAUACGAUAA